CCUCUCCUCCCCUCUCGUCCAAUCAGAUGCGAGGAAGCAGAAACCUCUUCCUGUUCCGUUCUCCCUCUGCAACCGCUCAGCUGACUGACAACCAUGCGGUUCCGUUUCUGUGGAGAUUUGGACUGCCCAGAUUGGGUACUUGCCGAAAUUAGCACUUUGGCGAAGAUUUCAAGUGUCAAAAUGAAACUCCUCUGUGGUCAAGUGCUGAAGGACUUGCUUGGGGAAGGCAUUGAUUAUGACAAGGUUGCAAAGCUCACUGCAGAUGCAAAGUUUGAGAGCGGAGACAUCAAAGCUAGUGUGGCAGUGCUCAGCUUCAUUUUCUCCAGUGCAGCAAAGCACGAUGUUGACAGUGAGUCAUUGUCCAGUGAGCUGCAGCAGCUCGGUCUGCCUAAAGAACACACAACAGGGCUUUGCAAAUCAUAUGAAGACAAGCACUCUGUACUGCAAGACAGACUAAGAGAGACGAGCCUGAGACUGGGAGGGCUGGAUGCUGUGUCCUGGCGGGUCGACUACACUCUGAGUUCGAGUGAGCUGAGAGAGGUUAAUGAACCUGUGAUUCAGCUUAAACUGCAGACAAAGGGAGCAGAGUCAGACUCUGCAGAGACAACAGUUGUUUCUGUUUCUGCUGACAAGUUCAGAGUCUUGCUUGCAGAGCUCAAGCAGGCCCAGGCUAUGAUGAAUGCACUGCAGUAAAGAGUGAACAAUGAAGUCGGACACAAACAAAGCUGAUGGCUGCCAAAAGUGCCAUACUUACAUCUUGUACAGUUUAAUUUUUGUAUGAACUUAGUUAUCUCAAAGGUCAUGUGAAUGGCUCAGUCCUUAGUUAGAUUGACUGAAAGUUUAUUUUCUACCACAUCAGCAAUAAUUGGUGGAGCUGUUUCCAGACGGUGUGAUUCCUCACUGAAACAAGAAAUGGACCAUUUUUGUAAAAUAUUGUAUAUAAUGAUUCUCACAUUUUGAAUCAUGUUGAUAAUUUGUGUUUUACCUUCAUAUGCACAUGACAAAAUAAAGUCUAAAACAGA